AUGUCUUGCCACGGGUGUAGUUCUGCGCUAAGAGAGAAUAAUUAUUUGAAAUGUAAUGGUUGCAAAUCAGAGUAUUGUUUCGCAUGCCUUAACUUAACUGAUGAUUCAAGUAAGUUACUUACACCGGAACAAAUAAAAUCAUUAAGUUGCCCCUACUGUCGGAACGUCACGCGGCGCAUAAACAAUGACGACACGCCUUGCCGCCCGAGAUAUCAAAAAGGGCAGGCGCAAUCGAUAAAUGUUUCUUUUUGCGACGUGACUCAUAACAACACUGCUAAUACUAGUGUUGGUAUCUCCACGGACACCGGGCUAGCAAAGGAACCCGUUACGAUGGAAAGUAUUAGCAAACUUUUUGACUUAAAGAUGGCGCCAGACUCCACAAUUAUGAUAAAUUUGAGAGCAGCACUUAAUAAGGACAUCGAAAAAAUGGUGGCUGUGCACGUCAACAGAGCAAUUGAGAACUUGAAGACUGAUUUCUCAUCUACCACGGACUAUUUGGCCGCUGAGCAAGCAGAUUUAAGAUCCGAGAUUAGACAAAAGGACAACCUUGUUAAGCAGUUGCAAACUGACAUAUCAAAAUGUCAAAAUUCACUUGCUAAAUAUCAGUCACGAAUUCAAACUAUUGAAAAAAAUCUCACGCGACAUGAAUAUUGA